AUGAGAACAUUCAAAAGACCGGCAUUACACGAUCCAACCACAGCCACUUCCACCGAAUCAGCCAAACCAUAUGGAGCAGACUCCCCACUUCCAUCGGUAGCAAUGAGAAUCAGAAAAGCUGUAAGUGAAGGGUACAACCAAGGUCAAGCUACCAACUUCUUGGGCAACUAUCAACGUGUUCCAUUACCAGCUACUUUAAACAAUCAACCACCAAGUUUAUCAUCAUCGGAUUCCACAAGAACAGUAUCGAAUUUAGAAGAAUGGGAUAGUUAUCACAAGAUCAAUAAUGCUCCUAUUCAAACUAUUGGAGAAUAUGAUAAUAGCUCAAGUUUUAAUAAUCCAUUGAAGAGGAAGUUUCAAGGUUCCAAUAAUGGUGGCGCAGAACCGGAAAUUGCUCAGUUUCAAGCUAGGUAUGGUGAAUUAAAGUUUAAUGAAGAAUUUUGA